CUGACUCCUCGCCGUCCUCGGGCGUGUCAGCCUGAACGCGAAAGACCACCCCAAUCCAUUCGAGAAACAACAGCAGGAAAGAGGAAAUAUACAGAUCUAAGAGAGGCAGCGGCACAUAUGGAAGAGAUGAUCGCUGGCAAGCUCCUUGGCCUUGCUGCCGUUGCAGCCAACUCGGCGGCGGCAGACCUGGCCGCGGCAGGCGUCGAGUCAGAGGAGGAGGAGGAGGACAGAUGUAGCUGGUCACGCGAUGGUGGCGGCGACACCGCUUCUUACGAGGAGGGUGGCAGCGAGGACGAGGAGGAGGACGACAGGGCCGGGAAGAGGAAGAUGACACCAGAUGACAGAAAAGCUGUUGCAGCCGACAGAAAGGCUCGCAACCGCGAGCGGAAUCGCCUCCACGCGCGCAAGACGCGCCAGCGGAAGAAGCAGCACGUGCAGGAACUGCAGCUCAAGAUCUGGGGGCUUCGCCAGGAACGCCAGCGCCUCCUCCAGCUGUCCACCGACCACCGUACCGCAGGGGUGCUCCUCGCCCUCAGCUGCUCCCCCAAGCAGUGUCAGGAAGGGCCAGCUGGAAGCCAACAUCCAUCAUCCCGCUCGUCCCCGGCGUUGAAACUCCCCAAGGCAGCCGCGACUCCCGCGGCAAGUAGGAGCAGCAAGGGCAGCGGCAGGGAUUGGGGCGAGGAGGUCGCCUCGCACGAGGACGCCCUGCGCAAGAUUACACAAGAGUUUGAGAGGAUGGACGGGAGCCAGCAGGCCGGCGACGACGAGGAGGCUGCAACGCACGCCGGAGGCAAGGGCGGCGGCGGCUCGCGCGGAGCGAAGGGGACGCUGUCCGACAGGACCGCGCUGCGGAGGGAGCGGAACCGCAUGCACGCUAAGCGCACGCGUAACCGCAAGAAGCUGUUCGUAGAGGCCUGCAGCGUCAUGAUCGACAAGAUGAAAGUGGAAAAUGCCCAACUCGAGCACGAAAUCCGAGCGUCCGGGAUCCAGCUGCCGGAGGAUAACUGGGCAGAGGAGGUGCGAGAGACGAUCCCCGAAGAGCCCCUCCCGGAGUACCUGGCGGCGCUCUGGGACUUCGCGGAGGGCAAAAGUCACAGCACCUCCAAGGCACCAGGUUCAGGGGUUGCCAGCAGCAGCAGCAGCAGCAGCGCGACCGCUACGGCCACGCCGGUCUCGCCCCCGGCCACGCCCAGAAUGCCUUCUGCGGGUGCAUUCCGACAGAGUCGCCAGACGUCGUCUUCUUCCUCGGCGUCCUCGUCUUCUUGCUCCUCGUUUUUCUCGACCCAUAGCCGACGGCGACUAAGCAGCGCGGCCACCACCAAGGUCCCGCCGCGGCCCCCGUCGCCGCCCUUGGCGGGGUCGAUGGCAAUGUCGGUCUUGUCGGAGCAGGCAUCGAAGCAGCCGGCGGUGGCGCCCGCAACGGCCGCAGGUGCUGACCCUGUGGCGGCGGCAUCGAACCCCGGGCAGGCGCUCGAGGACGCCUCGGCGCUGUGCGCGUUCAUGGAGGCCGCGCAGACGAGGUCCGUGAAGCGCGUCCGCGUGGCGCCGCAACAGCAACAGCAGCGACGAAAGGAUGGGAACACGAGCACCGAGAGCGCGAAGCAGAUGCAGGCGCAGCCGCGGGGUUGGUCGGACCAAGGCAGCACGACCUCGGAGAGCCGUGGCGGGUCGGACUUGUCAGAGGAGGACGCGGCGAACGAGAGGAAGUCGGCGGACGGAAGCGGCGCUUCGACGUUGAGCAGCGAGGAAGAGGCGGCAUCGAGUCGGGACAGCGGCGCCGUCCUACCUCCCGAGUUUUGGACGUCGCGCCAGGUUCUUGAGCGAUAUGUGUUGCCCCGGCAGCAGCUUCUACAGGGCUGACUGCGAGACCACGGGAGCGUUUUUUCUCUUACGCCGUGGCGGACAACUUUUGCCCCAGAGGGGUUUUGACGUGACAGGCUUACGGAGGGGGUCGUGUGGAAAGAAAAAGGUUGCACGCGUGUUUUUGGGGGAGAGGAUACCGGUGUACUCAGCUUUCGUGACAGACUUGGAUUUGUCUGAAAACGUCGUGAGCGGUGUCGAGUUCUCGGGAGAUAGGGUUUGUGUGUUGCGGCGGUAGAUUGGUUUCCCGAGAGAAGGCGACUUGAUUGCUCUGCUUUACUGUUCUUGCGUGAGGUGACAUGUGAGUGUUGGCGAAGUGGGCUCUUCUUUCUCUCCCCGCGUGUCUUCUUGGAAUGCGUUAGUAAAUGAUCUGUGUGUUAGGCUAAAAGACGACUUGUUCCUGUUUAGAGAGGGAUUUACCCUCGUCCCACCAAAGCGGUCCUUUGCUUUCGUCUGUCCGCAGGUGUGGUGUAUAAUUGGAUGCCUAGAACUAAACGUUGAUGGAGCGAGCCAAGCGAUUGAUUUUUUUUGUGUUGGUUACAGGCGUAUCUCGCAGAGACGAAGAGUUGUUUCAGUGCAAGAUUCUCGGGGGGACACACUUUCACCUGUACAAAUAAGCCGUGUGGAUAGUGGCGUCUGUUUUUUCCUGUGUAAAGAGGGCGUCGGGUUUUACUUUUCCCGUGUAUUCUCUAGUUCUUCUCGACUUGGUUCUGAUUCCUCCUGUUUUGCGUGUUAUAGAGGUUGUUGUUGCGAUGUUGGAGACGAUGAUGGAGUGCCUUGGCUCGAUUCGCUGUGACUUGUACUCCAGGUAGUUGGUUAUAGGUUUUCCCCCGCGCGUGGGCGGGAGAAGUUCGUAAAUAUAUUUAGCGGUAUUCAUACAAGUCUUAUUGCUUGGUAGACACUUGUGCGGACAGUUGCUGCCUUUGUCCGCAGUUCAAAACAUAUAGAGGUGUACUUGCGUGGGGGCGUACGAGGGUCGGAGCAGCCUAUUUUUCUUUCCUUGUACAACGUGCACCGAAUCUAAAUUAAGAUCACAGCUC